GCGUCAGGCUAAAAUAUGCCAGAUGGCUGCCGUCGUAUGUGAAGAACGUCAGUCAGUCCAGUACCACCUCAGGCCCCGCUCCUCCCGAGUCCGAGGGCCGAGGUCCGAGGGAAGAAAGAAGCUCAGGUAGGUAUUUAGACUAAGCUUCCGCAUCGCGCCCGCUCGGACCACCCACGCUCUUGUGACCAUGUCCAGCAAGUCCAGCAUUCCCUUCACUUCGCCUCGGUGGCAGAGACUCAACGAGGGAUGCUUUGAUGCUUCCGAUAACCGGCUCACCAUCACAUCGGGGCCCAACACGGACUGGUGGCGAACCUCGUUCGCCUCAGAGCCCGAAGCGUCCGUCAAUCGGCAUUCUGGACCAGUAGUCUACAUCGACGUUCCGCAGGACGAAACACACUGGAAAGCCGGUGUAUGGAUAAGCGGGGACUUCACAGAGCGCUUCCAGCAGGCAACGCUCUUCGUAGGCGCGGGUGAUUACGAGGCGUCCAAUGAUCCAUGGGUCAAGGCAGGCGUGGAGCUCGAGCACGGGAUCCAGUUCAUCGGGAGCGUCGUAGCCAACCCAUACUCGGAUUGGGCGAUCCAGCCUUCGCCUCUGUCAAUAGGGCCGGGCGCCAACAAGUUGUUCAUUGAGAUCAAGCGUACGGGCUCGGACCUGGUUUUGUCGUACACCAUUGCGCCCGCCAACGAUAAGGAUGCUUUUCACGCCAAAAGCAGAGAGAUGACGCUCAUGAGGGAGGUCAAAGGCUUCUUGGCGCAGGGCCAUGGCGGACGCCAGCACAUUGGCCUCAUGGUCUGUGGACCCAAGAGCGAGAAGACGAGGGCAGAAUUUCUCGGUUUUACCUUUGAAACGCUAACGCGAUCAGAAGUCUAGGAGGUGCCUUGCUCGGAAGGCCGAUGGGCCUGCUGGGGGCGGGGGCGUUGGUCAGAAAGAAGGCAAUUAAUCUCAACUGCUACUUCGUAUUUGUAGUAGAAGGCAAGAGUGCCAUUGGCGAGUAAGAUGUCGUGAGCUAUGAAGUAGGUGAGAGCAUCGAAGAUAUUGUAUCUAUGAUUGGUGGUGAUACCUUGAGCAACCGCCAUAAUCUUCCGCCAAGUCCUUGACCGCUUGGCGUAUGAGGAGC